GACUGCGAAGGUCGCAAGGCCCCCAACGCCGCGUGGCGUCAAAGAGGCCUUGAACCAACUGGGCCACCGUGACCGGACUGAUGCACGAGAUGCCUGGGUGUUCCGUUUCCUUGCUGCAGCGCCGGACCUGAAGGCGAAGUUUUCGGACGGCAAAGUGGCCAAGGCAGCUUUGCGGAAGUAUUUCGCAUCGAGCACGAGCGAAAGGCUGCGGCACGAGUGGUAUAAGCAUUGGGUGGCGCCGGCGGCUUGCAGCAAGCCAGCUUUUCCUUCCACGGAGGUUGUUUUGGCAUGGUGGCGACAGCAUUCAGGCUUGGACUUGCAGAUUGUCGCCAGCUGCGAUCAUGGAAACCAUGCUGGUGAGCCUAUGCCAGCAGAUGGACAGGCGCCGAAGAUAGGCAGCGUGCAUGUGGCUACCAACUACGUGGCAUAUCGUGAUUUUACGGUGGAACUCCAAACAAUAUUUAACCUUUGGCGACGCCACAAGCUUGAGAAUUCUGUGGCGAAAUCCGAGCUCAUGACGGCGCGCGGCCGUGGCACUCGCAACUAUUUGGCCGAGAUCCAGCAUCAUGAGGCGUGGCAACAGGCGCGACGGGACGCAGCGGUCAAGGCUUUGCUGGAAACUUGGAUGCCUUGGAAGCCGAGCCGUAUCGUUCCUGCAGUUGUCGAAUGGAUGCAGCUCUUUGCAACAGUGGGCACGAGGGCACGCUUUCCUUUCCUGGUUCUUGUUGGCCCCAGCCAGUAUGGAAAAACCGAGUACGCGAAGCGGCUCUGGGGCGCAGCGCGGACGCUGGUGCUUUCAUGUGAGAGCAUUCGACAACCGAAUUUGAAGGGCUUUCAGCGACAAGUUCACAAGUGCAUAGUUUUCGAUGAAGGCAGUGAGGAAAUGGUUCUGUCGAACCGGCAGCUCUUUCAAGCAGGUUUGAACGAGUGCAUGCUUGCGCAGUCCAACUGUCAAGAGCAUUGUUACUCGGUGUGGCUGUAUGGCAUCGCUCUGGUGAUUUCCACCAAUACGUGGCUUGGCGAGGAUCCAUGGCUUGCAAAGAAUGCAGUCGUCGUUCGCGUAGACGAGCCUCUCUGGCAUGAUCCGCCGGCGUUGUGCGCUUAA